AUGUUAUUCACAUUCAUGGUUGUUGUGAUUCUGGCGGUAACUGGUGUUAAUAGUGAGUGUAAACAAAGUAAAUUAAAACACGAGUGUUGGAAUGUUAAUUUAGUGGAUUGGUUAGUGAUUAAAAAUCCCCAAAGUGUCAACAAAUUAGAUCUGAAAGACAGCCAAUUAGCGGAGCUGCCCAGAUACUUGCCAGAAUCAAACGAAGAACUAUUUAUCAACUACACCAAUUUGGCUGUUUUAAAUUUUACACGUUGCAAUAUACGAACAAUUGAAAAAAGUGUGUUUGCCAAUGUGAAAAAGUUGACAACAUUGAUGAUUACACAAAAUCUUCUAAACGAAGUACCGGAUUUGCAUCCAAAACUGAUAUUCCUUGAUUUGUCCUACAAUCAAAUCGAGCUAGGAUUGGACAAGUUGCAGUGGUUGGAGGGUUUGCAAGAUUUGUAUAUGCACCACAAUCAGAUCCACGAUAUACAGUACGACUUUAGUGAUUUAACAAAACUACGAGCAUUGGAUUUGAGUUGGAACCAAUUUACGACGCUCCCUGAAAAUUUUUUUCGUGGUCCCAACGGCUCUGAUGCACAUACUAAAGAGUACAAAUUAAUAAAACUGAACUUACAAAACAACAAAUUAACAUCAAUACGCGGUGACGAUCUUGCCAGUUUAGGGAAUUUGAAAUAUCUACACUUGGGCAACAAUGAGAUUGAAACCCUGGUGUUUAAUGCUUUUGGCACCAAUCACGUUUUAGAGAUGGUAAGUUUAGCCAACAACAAACUUACGACCGUACAUCCAGAAUUGUUUAGAAACAAAUCUAAUUUAAAACGUUUGAUUUUAUCAGGAAACAUGAUAAAAACUUUGAACCAAGAUGUAUUUUUAACAUCAACAGGUUUAUCAUAUUUAGACUUAUCAUCUAACGAAAUUUCUUUAAUUGACGACCAAAUUUUUGCAAAUUUGAUGAAUUUGGAAUACUUAUUGAUAGCGCGUAAUAACAUCUCUAAUCUGAACGAUAAUUUGAUAUCACAUAUCGCAAUUAAAUUGAACGAUGGUUUUAUCAGCAUCGAUUUAUCUGGUAACAAGAUAGAAAAUUUGAACAAAAUCACAAUCAGAUUUGGUAAACGUGGGUAUAUCAAUUUGGACUUAACUAAUAAUGAUAUUAAAGAGUUUGAAGUUGACGAGUUUCUUGAAGUUAAUCAGCACAUCCAACAUGUAGCUUUAGACGCGAGCUUAUCAGAAGACUUUUCAUCUAAAUUAGCAAACUACAAAAGUACGUUUUGGACUAUCAAGAAAAACACUACAUCUAUAACGCAAGAAAUUCCGGGAACUUUAGCAACCACUCCAGAGCCAUUGACAACGGAAGACGUAACACCAACUCCUGAUAAACCCAAACCUCCUGAAUUGACAACUGAAGAGUUACCAACAACUCCUGAUAAACCAAUAGUUCCGGAAUCGACAACAGAAGACGUACCAACAACUCCGAUACCUAUGAUCAACCAGCGAUAUACUUUCCUGGAGCUUCUGUAUUGUUGUUUCGGAACUUUUGUGGUCACAACGUUGCUCGUCGGCGGAAGUGUCUGUUUGUACAACUGUAGAGUGCAGAAGAAUAUGAAAAUGUUGCACGAAUAUGAGUUGGAAACCAGGGGAUAUAAAGGCAGCAAUUAUGAAAACAUUCCAAUGUGUCGACCACCUGUGAGGUUUACGGAAUUGGACGGGGACAGUUCCACAUAUUUUGUACCUCAGGCGACAAUGACGACGUCCUUUAGGGCAAAGCCAGAAAUCAGGCCAAUGGCGUAA